UCUGUGUUUACCCUCAUCUCAGUCCAUCAUGUCUGCCUCGAAAGGUCGUGUUCUGUUGGCCUACUCUGGAGGUCUUGAUACCUCGUGCAUCCUCGCUUGGUUGAUUGAGGAGGGAUAUGAGGUCUACGCUUUCAUGGCCGAUGUCGGACAGGAGGAGGACUUUGAAGCUGCCCGCAAGAAGGCCCUCGCAGUGGGCGCGAAGAAGUUCUUCCUGGAGGACCUGAAGCGAGAGUUCGUAACUGAGCUCAUCUACCCCGCUGUACAGGCAAACUGCAUUUACGAGAACGUCUACUUGCUGGGCACGUCCCUUGCACGUCCCGUCAUUGCCCGGGGCAUGAUGUCCGUCGCAGACAAGGAGGGAUGCGACUAUGUCUCUCACGGCUGCACAGGCAAGGGCAACGACCAAGUUCGCUUUGAGCUUGCCUUCUACGGCUUGAAGCCCGACAUCAAGGUUAUUGCACCAUGGCGCAUCCCUGCGUUCUACCAUCGAUUUGCGGGCCGGCAAGCACUUCUUACGUACGCCGCAGAGAAGAAGAUUCCUGUCCAGCAGACCGCGGCCAAGCCCUGGUCCACUGACGAGAAUCUCUUCCACAUUUCCUACGAGGCAGGCAUCCUCGAGGACCCCGACACGACACCGCCCGCGGACAUGUGGAAGCUCACCACCGCGCCCGAGGAUGCGCCCACCACCCCCGAGCGCAUCUCGAUCGAGUUCGCUCGCGGGCUGCCCGUCAAGGUGACUGUGCCGGCGGAGAACAAGACGUACACGGACCCGGUCGAGGUGUUCCUCGCGCUGAACGCGCUCGCUCGCAAGCACGGCAUCGGGCGUAUUGACAUCGUCGAGAACCGCUUCAUUGGUGUUAAGUCGCGCGGCUGCUACGAGUCGCCCGCUGCGACAAUCUUGCGCGUCGCGCACAUGGACCUCGAGGGUCUUACGCUUGACCGCAACGUCCGCGCGCUGCGGGAUCAGUUCGUUACGAUUGAGCUGAGCCGCAUCCUGUACAACGGCCACUGGUUCACGCCUGAGCGCGAGUUCGUCGUCAGUGCGAUCCCGAGCAGCCAGCGGACCGUCAACGGCCUUGUCCGUCUCAAGCUGUACAAGGGCAACGUCGCAGUCGAGGGUCGCUCGUCUAGCGAGGGGCUCUACGACGAGAAAGAGUCGUCCAUGGAUGAACUUGGUGGUUUCGAGCCGACCGACACCUCUGGUUUCAUCCAAAUUGAGUCGAUCCGCAUUAAGAAGUGGGCGCAGGCCAACAUCCGCAAAGGUCAGGGAGGUAUUGAGCCCAAGGACGUAUACGGCUCUCGCGUUUGAACAGCCCCAAAAUUGAGAUCGCAGCCUCGCCACUAGUCUGUACUUGCUAUAUCCAAUAAAAUCUACGGAACACCGAGCACCGAGCUUCA